UCAGUUUUUCUUCUAAGUUUGCUUAUUGCAUUUCAUUCUAGAGUUUAUUUUUCGCUUUUUAAUUGCAAUUUAAACAAAUUGCAGAAUACUUAUAAAACGCAAAAACAAAAAGCUAAUAUAUACUAAGUAACGUGGCGAAGGAAAUAUGCAAUGCAUUCACCGAUAAACGCUUUCGAGUUGAAUGAGCGUCUGAUGACCGCAGUACAGACGGGCAACUUCCAUGGCGUGCUCGAUUGUCUGAUGGAGGGUGCCCGGGCAACCAUUGUUUCCACAUCGUGUGGGCGUACCGCUGUUGGCACCGCGGCGCUGGUGGGUGAUGCUGAGAUCCUUGAACUGCUGAUACAAUCCUGUGAAGAACCUGAUUUGGAUAUAUUUAACAGAAACCACUCAAAUUCGUUUGAAAUGGAAACAGAGUGCACCCCGGAUGGAAUGGAUAAUCUCGAGUGGGAAGAUGAAUUUAUCGAAAACUGCAACGAUUGUGAGCAGAGUAGUGGAGAACACGUUGCACAGGAUGCUGCAGAGACUUCCCUCUAUUAUUAUUAUGCCAAAACGUUCGAACGUACCGGUGCCAUUAUCACCCGCAUGGAUGAGCCAUAUGCUAUCGCCACGAACUGUGGACACCAGCAGGAUGUACAUCGCGCUGAUGCGCUCUUGAUGACACCGCUACAUUAUGCCGCCGCUUGUGGACACGUGGAGUGUGUGCGUGUAUUACUCUCACACGGCGCCACAGUGGAUGCCGUUAAUAGUGACGGUUAUACACCAUUACAUGUGGGCGUGGCCUAUGCGGAAGUGGCGCACAUGCUGCUGAAACAUGGCGCCAAUCCGAAUUUAAAGACGCUGAACACCGGUGAAACAGCGCUGCAUUUGGCUAUAAGGAAUCAUUCCGUGGCAGUGGCCAAUGUUAUUUUGCAAACAAAUAUGAAUAUCAACGAAACGGAUGACAUCGAUCAGACGCCGCUGAUGUGCGCUAUAGUGGCUAACUUGGACGGUCUUGCGGCGACACUGAUCGAACGUAGCGCACGCAUCAACCUGCAGGACAAGGAGGGACACAAUGCACUCUACUACGCUGUGGUGCAGAAUAAUGUGCCGCUCACAGUGCGCUUGUUGAAACGUGGCGCACGGCGCAUCACUUCCCAUUACCUGCUGCACCAUUGCGUACGCUACAGCAUGCGCGAGAUGGCUGAGACCCUAAUCAGCCACGGCGAUAGCUUGAAUGUGCGCAACAAGGAUGGUCUCACACCCAUUCUGAUCGCGAUACUCAGCCAAAAGAUCGACAUGCUGGAAUUCUUGCUGCGCGUGGCCACGGCGCAACAAUCACAGGGCAACACGAUAGUUGACACGGUCGAAAACGAGUUGCUCAUCGCCGUGCAAUAUAUAGAUACCGUACAGGACUUCAUACCCAUUGCGCGCAUAUUGUUCGCACAUAGUGAGGGGCGUUGGAUGUGUGCUUCGUUUACUUCAAUAUCGUGGUCGUGUUACAUUCCCUAUUGUCAGACGCCACUGGCGCGCGCUGUUAUGCUCAACAAAUUCGAUAUCGCCGAGUUUUUGGUCAAAGAAGGCGUAGACAUAACACAGGUGUGUGGCGAUCAUGGGAUCAAUCAUUUGCGCGGUACAAAUGCGUCUGGUGCUUUGGAGUUCGCCAAGUUGCUGGUGCAUACUGGUUACAAAUUUCCGAUACUGCGUACCGAAUUAGCCAAUAAAUGGACCGACGAGCGUCGUCACUUCGAAGUGGAAAUGUUUCGGUUGUGCAGCACACCCUUGUCACUGCAGUCGCUAUGUCGGAUUGUGAUAAGGAAUCAACUUUUAGGUCUGCUCAGUGGUUCGGCCGUGAUGAGACAACGAUACUCAACAACGAAGCGUGAAUCGAGUUUGUGUCGUAUGAUAAGACUUUUGGGUGUACCAAAGAUACUUCAGGCGUAUUUAUACGAGUUCGACGACUGCGCGUCUGUGAUGAAAAAUACCUGUAAUGUGGAUGGCGGUGGUUAGCAUGAAAAGUAAGGCUGUUAUAUAGGUAUAAGUGGAUAGUUCAUAAAGUUUAUUUAGAAUUAAGAUAGGAUUUCACACAAUAAUACUGGGUUGAUGAACGAGUAAAUUAUUUUGCUCAGCGUAUGUGUAGUACCCAUCUUUAACAUUACUGAGAGCCAUUAGCUAUGAGUAAAAUGAUUGGAUUAAAGGUACACUUAACCUAAAAAUAAUGUAGAAUGAGUUAAAUGAUCGCUUUUCACUGUUGAUUACGAAAUAUUAGUGUAUUCAUAUAUUGAUAUUCUAAGUUUCAAAUCUUACUUCCAGUCAUCAGUUGGUAUUUUUCGAUCGGCUUAGAAUAGGCAUUAUUAAAGUAUGGCGGUUUGAACAGCUUAUUAGCGUUAAGGGGUUAGGUUAUAGUCAGACACAUCAAAAAUUAUCAAUUUCAAAUAUUUUUAUUGCCAGUAAAUUAUUUAAUUAUUUUAAAAGUAAUGGCUAUUUGUGAGGCUACAGUUCCAACAGAAGCUUAUUGAAGUUUCCAUUGCUACUCCUUGAUUAUUCAUCUAAAAUCAAACGCACAAAAAAAAAAAUUUUUUUUUAUGGAAAAUUUCGU